GAGUGGUGGCCCAAAGGUUAGAGAAGUGGACCUGUGACUGGAAGGUUGUGGAUUUUGAUCCCCGGACCAGCAGGAUGAAUCUGAAUGGGGAAAGUCCACUUGCCCCUCCCCUCAUUACCACCAAAAAUACAAACAGCUUCAACAAGCCUGACAGCGGUGCUCAGAUCAUGGGGGAUCAACUCAACACAUCAUCCCAGAAGAGCGCAUCAUCUGCCAGAACUGUAUCACCAAGGCAGUUUCCUCCACUUGUCACUACAGUUUCAUCAGAAGAUACAAGGGGAAUCAGCACAUGACAUUAGGAGCUGCUGUAUUUCCUCAACUCCGGUGUGUUUGACCUUCCUUACAUGUGCAGGACAGGACAGGUUUCCAGGACGUCCAUGUGAUGAUCUUUGUUGGAUUUGGCUUCCUGAUGACAUUUCUUAAGCGCUACAGUUUCGGCGCGGUGGGUUAUAACUUCCUCAUCGCAGCUUUCGGCCUCCAAUGGGCGCUGCUGAUGCAAGGCUGGUUCCACUCCCUGGACUACACUGAUGGAAAGAUCAAAAUAGGAAUUGAAAACCUGAUCAACGCUGACUUCUGUGUGGCGGGCUGCUUGAUAGCCUACGGGGCGGUGCUUGGUAAAGUCAGUGCGGUCCAGCUGCUGGUUAUGACUCUGUUUGGGGUCACACUGUUUGCUGUGGAGGAAUACAUCAUCCUGAAUCUCAUACAUGCCAGAGAUGCUGGAGGCUCCAUGGUGAUCCACACAUUCGGAGGUUAUUACGGUCUUUCCAUCUCGUGGAUGCUCUAUCGACCGGGCCUGGACCAGAGCAGCCGUCUGCAGGGCUCCGUCUACCACUCGGAUGUCUUUGCCAUGAUUGGCACCCUCUUCCUGUGGAUGUUCUGGCCCAGCUUCAACUCAGCCAUCACAGACCACGGGGACGGGCAGCACAGAGCAGCCAUCAACACCUACCUGGCUUUGGCCUCAACUGUGCUCACCACUGUGGCCAUCUCCAGCCUCUUCCAGAAGCACGGAAAACUAGACAUGGUUCACAUCCAGAACUCCACUCUAGCUGGAGGCGUUGCAGUGGGAACUGCAGCAGAGUUCAUGCUGAUGCCCUACGGCUCUCUGAUCGUAGGAUUCUGCUGUGGUAUCAUCUCCACACUGGGAUAUAUCUACCUCACGCCUUUCAUGGAGAAGUACCUGAAGAUCCAGGACACGUGUGGAAUCCAUAACCUGCAUGCCAUGCCGGGAGUCAUCGGUGGCAUUGUGGGAGCCAUUACGGCCGCAGCUGCAUCAGAGUCCGUUUAUGGCCCCGAAGGGCUCAUUAACACCUUUGACUUUGAGGGUGAUUUCAAAGACAUGGUACCCACACGGCAGGGUGGUCACCAGGCUGCAGGCCUCUGUGUGGCUAUCUGCUUUGGUGUGGGAGGAGGCAUCCUUGUCGGUUGUAUUUUAAGAUUACCCAUCUGGGGAGAUCCUGCAGAUGACAACUGUUUUGAUGAUGAGCCCUACUGGGAGCUUCCUGAGGAUGAAGAGGCCGUCCCCCCAGUCCUUCAGUACAACAACCACAUGCGGAACAAAGACGUAACGGAAUCAAAUUUCUCCAUGGAGCAGACCGGACGCUAAGCCAAAAACCAGUUAUUUUUCAUACAGUGAUUGUAUGUCUUUUUGUUUGUUUUUUGAAGUGAAACAAUCUGCCAGUAUAAUAAGAUAUUUUCUGUUUUCCAACAUAUUUGUUUUCAGUUAAAAUCAAUUGAUAUUCAAUCAAAUAUUGGUAUUAAACGUGAGUGGCAUUAUCUUGGUACAAGGGGAGGGAAUUGCCUCAUUUCAACAUAUAAAGUAAAUAAUCUUAAAACUGUAGCCUCUUGUUUCACAUAAAAACAAGACGUAAAGGCUCAGUGCAAAACAUGACCACGAGAACAUAAUAACCAUGGCUCCUAUAAGUGGUCGUGAGAGGAAUAUAUUUAAUUUUGUAUUACGUUUGCUUCAGACCCACUUGAGUUGCACUUUACACUGGAUUUUCCUCAGAAGCUUUCACAUCUUUGUUUUUCCUGAUUUCGAUUUUUUUUCUGUCCGUGUGACGUAACAAGCUGCCGGUCAUUUCAACAGAAUACACAGACUUUUUUGGCACCCUUAUUCUGUCAGCUUCAUUUGUUAUACGUUUAUUUGCAUAGUUCCUUUUCCCUAUAUUGCAAUAGGAUGCAUUAAAAGAACAGAACUUAAAUCA